GAAGCUGUUUCUGUUCAGAGUUUAGGAGACAGACCAAGAGCUGGUUGCUGACCAAACUUCUGCAUCUUCUAGAAGAACAAAGAGAGGAAAUAAUGAAUGUUCUGCUUUGCCUCGCAGCUCUGGCUGCUCUGUGCUUCUCAGUGGAAUCCAAAACAUCUCCACCCAAAGUCGCUGUUUACAGCCGAGACCCCGGAGAGUUUGGGAAGGAGAACACCCUGAUCUGCCAUGUGAGCAACUUCCACCCCCCUGACAUCACCAUCGAGCUGCUGUGUGACGGCACUGCGCUCCCCAACCCCAAGCAGACAGACCUGGCCUUCAAACAGGACUGGCACUUCCAUCUGACCAAGAGCGCCGCCUUCACUCCCGCCGCCGGGAAGAACUGCCUCUGCCGCGUCAAUCACUCAGGCGUCUCCAAAGACCACGCUUGGGAGCCAAACAUGUAACUGCAGAAUCCCUCCCAGAAUCUCUCCAGAUGUUUCAUCCUCUGCAGCAUUUAUUCAUGGGUUCAUCAACGCCGCUUCUCCACUUUCAUUUAAAGACUAAUCCAGUUUAGGUGACCGGGCUUUUCGCUUCUUGUAAAUUAGUUGUUUUUAAUCGUUUGCUUUUCGUACUGUAAAUGAUUUUAUAAUCCUGUUUAACGUGUAAACUAAGUUAAAGUCUGAGCUUCAAUGAGGUUCUAGGUGUCUGAGAGGUUUUCAGUUUUUCCUUU